AUGCAAUCCUUGUGCUGCUUUCACGGACUGGGCAAUGCUUUGGCUGAGCAAACGAGAGAAAUUUCCAGCGAACCUGUUGAUUGCCAUGGAGUCCAAAGGCGUGGCUGGAUUCACAAACAUGUUCAUGGCAAUGAAACUUCAGUGGAUGUAUCUCCUUGUCUUAAAGAAUAUGUUUUCCAACAGCUCGUAGAGAAAUCAAAGGUUGCCUCAAACUUUUCAAUUUGUAGGCAAUUAUGUGGUUGCUGGGGUGAGCAUGUCCUUGGAGAGAAAAAGUGUCUAGAUAAACUUGGCUGGAGCAUUGAAGUCGAAUUUGAUCAUAGCAUUCUUUUAUGGCAUAUUGCUACAAGUCACUCCUAUUGUUAUGAUCAGAAAAGGAAUCCAAAUUCUAUUCUUGAUUCAAGAUGUAUAGUUAGCAAGUCAAUACCAGAGUACUUGUUGUACAUUCUUGUGAGGCGACCUUCUAUGAUGCCUAAUGGCAUUGGGCAGAUCAGGUUUCAAGAUACAAUUUGUGAGGCAGUAGAAUUCAUUCAAGAAAGAGAAUUUAUAACAAAUGCCUCCCUGGCUUGUGACAAGCAACUUCAAGUGGACACUCGAAGUGAACCUGCAAUUGUCAAAGGAGACAGGAGCAAAUCCGUGCUACUUGAUGCAUGCAGACUAGCCAAAGCGUUGCAGUCAUUGGAAGAAAAGAGGCAGUCGAACACCGAAGAGAAGUGGGAUUUAGUAAGUCGUGUAUGGGUGGAGAUGCUAGCAUAUGCUGCCAGUCAAUGUAGGUUGAAUCGGCAUGCUCAGCAACUUAGACGAGGUGGAGAGCUGCUCACUCAUGUCUGGCUAUUAAUGGCACAUCUUGACUUGACAAAACAAUUCCAGAUUUCACAAGGUCAUAUAAGAGCUAAAUUAGUAGGGCCAAAGUAAAUUACCGAGACUAAGAGAACUGAAAGGUCUACCUUAAUGAAUUAUAAAUAAAUCUUUUGUCAGUUCCUCUGUUGUUGUUGUUGCUGCUGCUGAAAUAGACUGUAAAUUAAAAUUACUUACCUAUGUUUCUUCUU